AUGGAGAGGCCUGCGAAGCGUAGAAGAUUAUCUCAAGAUGCGCUUUCCAGCUCGGCAUCAGAAGCAGAAGAGCAAACGGCGCCGCCACGAGAAGCUCUCCCUUCGACUUCACCCGCCAUCUCACGCAUAAAGAAGCGUGCUGUGCAGCCCGCUCCUCAAUCUGACUUACCACCGACCACCACGGAUCUGGAGAGCCUGCCCACCUCAAUCCAAGACGUGAUUGAUCAAGACGACACCGCGACUUUCACCUCUCUAGGUACCGACAAAUGGCUCGUCUCCGCCCUCUCUCACAUGUCCAUAAAAUACCCAACUCGCAUUCAAAAAGCCACAGUACCCCAAAUCUUAGCCGGUCGCGACUGCAUCGGCGGCUCUCGCACCGGAUCAGGAAAGACCAUCGCAUUCGGACUCCCCAUUCUCCAGACCUGGGCGCGGCAACCUUCUGGCAUAUUCGCACUCAUCCUCACACCCACCCGCGAGCUGGCUCUCCAGAUAUAUGAGCAGUUCCAAGCCAUUGGAGGCAGUCAGGGCAUCAAAUGUGUGCUGGUCACGGGUGGAGCGGACAUGAGGCAACAGGCUAUUGCGCUCAGUAAUCGGCCGCACGUUGUUAUUGCGACGCCGGGGAGGUUGGCGGAUCAUGUUACUAAUUCUGGGGAGGACACGAUCAAAGGCUUGAAGAAAGUGAAAUUUGUGGUGCUGGAUGAGGCGGAUCGAUUGCUUGCUAGUGGCACGAAAGGGAGCAUGAUUGAUGAUGUGGAGACGUGCUUGGAUUAUCUACCGCCGGGCUCAGAACGACAAACAUGCCUCUUCACCGCCACCGUGACACCCGAGGUCCGUGCGCUCAAAGAACUGCCCCGUGCCAAAGAACAACAGCCAGUCUUCAUAUGCGAGGUGGACAUCGACAGUCUAGCAAUACCGGACACGCUAACGCAGACGUAUCAGCUGGUAAAUGUGCUUCACAAGGAGAAGUACCUGCAUAUACUGCUCUCCACGCCAGCGAAUGUGGGGAAAACGGCGAUAAUUUUCUGCAAUCGUACGGAAACGGCGAAUUUGCUGGAGUAUAUGCUCAGAUUGCUUGAGCAUCGUGUUACGGCGCUGCAUUCAGGGUUGCAGCAUACAGAUCGAGUCAACAAUUUGGCGCGGUUUCGAGCCAAGGCGGCAAGAAUACUAGUCGCAACAGACGUAGCGUCGCGUGGUCUUGACAUCCCCGACGUGGGACUGGUCAUCAACUACGACCUACCCCGAAAACCCGACGACUACAUCCACCGUGUCGGUCGUACCGCUCGCGCGGGACGUAAGGGUACUUCCAUAUCGCUCGUGGGGCAGAGAGAUGUGGAGCUGGUCAAAGCCAUAGAAGAGCGUGUUGGGCGUGAAAUGGUUGCUUAUGCCGAAGAGAAGAUCAAUGUCGAGAGUCGCGUGAUCAAGGAAGCGCUGAAUGUGGUUGGUGAUAAGAAGAGAGAGGCUAUGCUGGCGAUCGAGGAGGGGAGAGAUGUGAAAGGAAAUCGGAGAAGAGGUUUCGGAGGCAUGGAUCGAAAAUCCGGCAGCAAAAAGCGCAUGGCUGCAAAAUGA